AUGGCCAGUCCGGAUUAUAAUAAGUCGGGCGCCGACUACCCUCGGGACCGCAAGGGUGACGAUUGUCGUGAAGAUUUCCCUCCGCCUUCUCAGUCGCCGCUGCAACGCCUGCUUCGCAAGAUGACUGUCCCUACUAUCCUCCUCUCCGUGGGUUUGCUCGCCCUUCAGGCCGUUGCGUCCUCGGGCGCGACGAACCCCAAGAAGACUACGACAACCAAGCCCAACAUCAUCUUCAUCCUCACCGAUGACCAGGACAAGCUGAUGGACUCGACCAAAUACCAGCCUCUUCUCCAAAAAUACAUCGCCGACAAGGGCACCACCUUCGACAAGCACUACUGCACCGUCUCACUGUGCUGCCCUUCGCGCGUCUCCCUCCUGACUGGCAAGGCUGCUCACAACACUAAUGUUACCGACGUCCAAGGCCCUUACGGUGGCUACCCCAAGUUUGUUGCCGAGGGCCACAACAAAAACUACCUGCCCAUCUGGCUCCAGAAAGCUGGCUACGACACUUACUACACUGGCAAACUGAUGAACCAGCACGGUAUCAAGACUUACAACAGCCCAUAUGCUGCGGGCUGGAGCCGUUCCGACUUCCUCAUUGAUCCUGGAACGUAUAAAUACCUCAACUCCAUCAUGACGCUGGACUACCAGCCAUACCGUUCUAUGCAGGGCUCUUACUCCACCGACAACAUCCACAAGCGCGCUCUUGAAUUCCUUGAUAACGGCAUCCAUGGCGACAAGCCUUUCUUCCUCGGCAUUGCUCCAAUUGGCCCACACGGCGAAUCCAGCCCCGAUGGUUUUGCUGAUCCAAUCCCUGCCGAACGUCACAAGAACCUGUUUAAGGAUGUCAAGAUUCCUCGCAAACCCAACUUCAACCCUGACAAGAACGGCGAUGUCCACUACCUCAAGACAAUCCCUCAGUUGGACGAUGACCAGGUAGACUACCUGGACAGCUACUACCGCAACCGUCUCCGCGCUUUGCAGUCUGUUGACGAGCUUGUCGAGGCCGUCGUCAAGAAGAUCGAGGCCAACUCCACCCUCCUUGCCAACACGUACAUCUUCUACACAGCCGACAACGGCUACCAUCUGGGCCACCACCGUCUCCCUCCCGGCAAGUCGUGCAACAUUGAAGAGGAUAUCAAUGUGCCCAUGUACGUCCGCGGCCCCGGCAUUGCCAAGGGCGCCACUGUCAACUUCCCGACCUCGCACACCGAUCUCGCCCCUACGUUCUUCCAGAUUGCUGGUAUCCCGCUGCAUGACGAUUUUGAUGGUCUUCCCAUUCCUUUGACCCGUGCCCAGCAAGAUGCGCAGACUGUCAAGAGCGAGCACGUCAACAUUGAGUACUGGGGCCAUGCCUACAUCGAGGGCACCAUCUUUGCAGACUACCGUACGCCCACUCAGCAAAACACGUACAAGACGCUACGCAUUGUCGCUGAGGACUACGACUUCAUGUACGCCGUCUGGUGCACCAACGAGCACACCCUCUACGACAUGAAGGCCGACCCUCACCAGCUUAACAAUCUUUAUGACACAAACGGCGACGCCGCAGGAUUUCCCAUUCCCGAACUCACCGACCGUCUCGACACUCUGCUGCUUACUCUUAAGAACUGCAAGGGCGCCACUUGCCGCAAGCCCUGGAGCUUCGUCUUCCCCAGCUCGAGCAAGCAAAAGGUCAACUCGCUCAGCGACGCUAUGAAUGCCGAUUAUGACGACUUCUUCUACAACCAGCCCCGCGUCUCCUUCUCUGAUUGUGCUGCUGGUUACCUCUUGGAGUACGAGGGUCCCUACUCACCCAAGCAGUUCACCAUGAACUCCAAGGGCCGUGUUAUCCACCGUGCCCGCUGGGAGGACUAUGUCUAA